UUUGGAGGGAAACCGGUUAUUCGUGCAGCUGUGCUGAAUUACGGGUAGUUUUGUGUCUUUCGGCAAUUACCUAAAACCAGUUUGAACAUCACCUCCCUCGAUAGUAUUUAUAGUCGUGUGGAAUAAUAAUCCCUCUCUCAUAACGAUUUUUUGAUCGACCCAGUUUGCAUGAUUUCAUGAAAGUUAACCUCUAUGCAACAUGGUCGCGUGCAAUAUCGUCUGGCACUCCUAAAUGUGCAUGUAAAAUGCGGUGCACGCCGGCUGUUGCGGUUGUCGCGUAUUGUUGUAUGCUUUUUCGAGCACAUUGUUCAAACCACUUGUGUUUCCUGUUGCGUGCUAGGAUGGGAGUCGACGCUGUACUUCGGCGCGUGCGAUUUUUCAUGAGGAAUUUUGCCUUUCACGUAUAUAUUUUGUCCUUGGAAAAGAUGCAGCAUACUUUUCUGUAUCAUAUUUUCCACUGUGUUUCAUUUGAUCCUGAUUGACGUUGAAUAUUGAUCACAAGUACCAAUAUUUGAUAUGUUAUCAGAAGGAAAAAAAUUCAUUGUGGGAUAAAUCUGCAAGUUUCGUGGUCAGUUUCUCAUCCUGGUCGGCAUCGCAUAUUGUGGUUGGAUGGUUCUCCGACCCGCUUUCUUCACAUUACAAAGGAUGGCUGUCAAUACCUGCUUCAGAUGUCACUAUUUUGAUCCAUUGAAUAUGACUUCCACAAUGGGGUUGCAGCAGCAAGCUGCAUCCCAGGACACGGUGGAUUUUGGCGGUUAUCUGCAAUCUACACAGUGCCAUCAAACAGAAGGACAGGUGCAAGGAUGUCAAAAAUCACCACAUCGAGAGCACAACAGCAGCUUUACCAGCACGAAAGGUCUUCUCAAUGGGCCUGGACAGAACAAUUGUUUCCUCAACAGCGCCGUGCAGGUUUUGUGGCAUCUUGAUAUUUUCCGACGGAGUUUCAGAGAGCUUUCCGGACAUGCGUGCAUGCGAGAAUCUUGCAUCUUCUGCGCACUCAAGGACUUGUUCUCGCAGCUACAGUUUUCUCAAGAGAGCGCUCUGCCACCCGAUACGUUGCGUCGUGCGCUAGCCGAGAGCUUUCUCGAUCAACAGAGAUUCCAACUUGGUUUUAUGGACGACGCGGCGGAAUGUUUCGAAAACAUUCUCUUACGCAUACACCUCCAUAUUGCGAGUGGAGAGGCUGAAGAUAUGUGUAGCGCGAGGCAUUGUGUGCCGCAUCAGAAGUUUGCCAUGACGCUCGUUGAGCAAAGCGUCUGUGGAGCUUGCGGUGCGACAUCGGAGCCACUGCCUUUUACACAGAUGGUUCAUUACGUGUCUGCAUCAGCUUUGACAUCUCAGGCUCAUCAAACAUCGCUAAAUUUGAGAAACAAUCCGGAUCUGUUUGGACAACUUCUCCGAAGAGCUGGCGGGAUGGGUGACAUCCGUGACUGUCCGAGUUCUUGUGGAGCAAAAAUUCAAAUAUGCCGGACUCUGAUGAAUCGGCCGGAAAUAGUAUCUGUUGGCGUUGUCUGGGACAGCGAACGACCGUCAUUGGAGCAUAUCAUGGAUGUCUUCGCGACUGUAGGCACGUCCCUCCGGCUUAGCGACGUCUUCCAUAGUGUGGUGGACUCCCGAUGGGGUGCCUCGACCGUGCAUAAUCUUGUGGGAGUGGUUACCUAUUACGGGAAGCAUUAUUCUACCUUCUUCUUCCACACAAAGUUGAAGGUGUGGAUUUACUUCGAUGAUGCGACUGUCAAGGAGAUUGGACCUCGGUGGGAGCAGGUCGUGGAAAAGUGUAGAAGAGGCCGUUAUCAGCCUUUGUUACUACUCUACGCGACGCCCGCCGGUACUCCUGUUAACACUGAAAACGCUCCGAAGACUGUUGUCCCUUUUCCGAAUGGUAAUGGUCUCAAGACUUCUCCGAAGAACAAUGUUCGCCGUUCGAUUACGCCUAGUCCCGAAAAGCCAUCCAUCAACAACACUGCCAGGCGUGCCAUCACACCCAAUCCUGACAGUCCGCCUCAUCAUUACACUCAACGAAGUAUUUACAGUGAUUAUCAGAACCUCACGGACAUUCAAAAUAACAUAUUUGGCAAUCAGGGCGUAGAUGUGGUGGACGGUGACAUAGAGUCGAAAUAUAUUAGCCGCCGUGCCGUAGAAAACGUAAUGCAGCAGCAGAAAAAACAGCAGAUGCAGUUGACACGUAGUUUAAGCGUGGGAUCAGCGCCGCAUGAUGGCAUUAGCAUCCCCGAUCACAUGAACGUGCCUCGGAGACGAGAUUCCGGCAAUUGGUCCGGUGAUCGGAACAGCGCGUCAUCGAGUUCGUCGACUACGAUGGACAAUUCAUAUCUGUAUCUUGUUAAUAAAAUGCAAAGAAACUCGGGCAUACCUAAAAGCCCUAGCAAAUCUGGAGAACUAUCGAGUAGUAGCAGCGGUCAUUACGAUGCCGGCUACGACUCGUAUUCUUUAUCCUCCACAGACAGUCUUCCACUUCAGCAAGGUCUAAAGCAUAAUUUACAGCUUGCUCAAAUACCGGAGGGUUAUCAGCCUUCUUCCGGCGAUGACUGCGAACGAUUGUGCAAGGAAACGGAUGCGUUGCUGGAUAAAUCUCGCGCCGCCGAAGAUGCCGGCGAUCUUAACACAGCCGUGGCCUUGUGCAGUGCUGCCAGCAGUAAAGCCAGAGCCGCGAUGGACGCUCCGUAUAAUAAUCCUCAGACGAUCACGAUAGCAAGAAUGAAACACAAUACUUGUGUCAUGAGAACGAGGAGUUUACACAGGAGAAUGCUGCAAGAACAAGUAACCGUUAACGGUGACAAAGAAGAAGGAGCAUUAGAAGGGAGACAUUCGCGAGAGAGUAGUAAAUCGGGUCAACAUUCGAGACAGAGUUCGCGAGAUAAAGGGAAUCAUUCAAGGCAAAACAGUCGAGAACUUUUGAUAAAUGCUCCAACGACAGUGGUGGAUAAACCAGCCACGAAGAGUAUUGAGAUUUACGCCACUUUACCGAAGAAGAAGACUCUACGCAGCAAAGCGACAGCAGUGAACGUUAUUGAGGACGAGGAAUACAUGCUUUACGAUCGCCCGACACAAAGGACUGGCUUGUUCAGUCGUACAAAACGUUGCGACGACGACAAGAAAGAUAAAAAACGCGCAAGAAGCGAGGAAAGGAAUAAGAACGUGUCAAAGGAUUUUUCGAUAGCGCCAUCCCGAUCAUCGCCGUCUCCAAAAGGAGUGAAGAUUGAGAAACCGAAGGAAAUCAUCGAGCCUAAUGUAACUGCUGUCAGAAGCGCGCAGCCUAACAAUACGGCUGCGGCCGAGCAGAAACAGGGUAAAAAGCAGCACAAGAUACGCAGGAAAUUGCUUAUGGGCGGCCUGAUCAAAAGGAAGAACAGAAGCAUGCCGGAUUUACGAGAAGGACAGGACGGCCAGACGAACGUAGCUACGGAGGGAUCCGCCAACACGUUACCGAAACAAUCAGUGGACGAUUCCAGCGUCGGUUUGAAAGGAAACGACGCAAGUCAAUCGCUGAGCGGUUACUUAUCGGAGGGACACUUAGAGUUCACCGGAAAUGGCGGACCUGGAAACACCAGUAAUCCGAAUCUUGAGAGAAGUCGUUUGAUGAGGAAAAGCUUCCACGGUAGCGCCGGCAAAGUCUUACACGUGGCAAAAGUCCCUCCGCCCCCGCCACUCAGAACCACUUCUCAGCUUAGCAAGUCUAAGUGUUCGGGCGAAGUGCACAACGAGCAGCAAUCCGACAAGGCUGUGUAUCCUUUGCCGGACGGUCGGUGCGCGCCCAACUCGUCGCAGGAUCAGAACAACGCUUAUUGGAAUCAUAUGAAUGCGAGCAACUCGUCCAACGCGGCGAAUAGAAAUUCCAACUAUUCUGAUUACUCUUCGGAAUCGCAUUCUCUUCCAUUUUUGCCGUCUUACAAAGAACAAAGCACCAAUAUUUCUGGAACGUGUCAACCGAGCUACAACAACAAGCCCAGGAUUCAGGACGACGUCGUGCAGUAUGCCAACGGCAUAUUUUACGAGCCGACCUUCGUCGUCACUCGUGCGGACGUGCACAAUGAACAAAGUCCCACGAAGCAACAGUUUCAGCCGGACUCUUUGCCACCUUAUCCUGAAAACAGCAAUGUCUCACAUUCGCGACAGCCAAGCGAGGACUUCCCGCCUCCUCCGUAUCCGUCGAUCCACUCGGUGUCGCAUUCACGACAAGCUAGCGAGGACUUCCCGCCGCCGCCGCCGCCGAUCGAUGAGCCGAUUCAUUUACAAGAGGCUUCACAGCAUCAAGGUUCCGUUCAACCGCAACAACGUGUGCAGCAAUUCGAAGGGCAGCAGAUCAGCAGUCUCUUGGCGCAGCUGCAAAGCAAGAGGGAGCAGAUCUUGGCUGAGCAUCAAAAUGAAGAGAAGCGACCGGAGGAGCACGAGGACGAAGACAAGUCAUCGAGUGAAACGUGGCUGAGAGAGCUGCAAGCUAAACAGGCAGAGAGGAAGAUGAAGAGGCAGGAAUCUUUGAAUCAGGACAUUCCCAAAGUCAGGACUCCGACAAUUCAAGGGUCGACUAUCGCCAGAAGAACCAGCGACUUGAUGAUGAACACUCUCGGACAGGGAUACGAUCAAGGUCGCGACGUUACGGACUGUCCGCGGGUCGUUUCCUCGGUGAAGGACAUGGCCGCCAGAUUCGAACAAAUUAAAUUGCAACCAACUCCGAAAUCAGAAGCAGACGCGAAAUCCCCGACGAAACAGAACUGCGUUUCUCCGAUGCUUACAUCCCAGGAAUCGUUAUCGAUGGAGGAAACAAAAUCAACUAAAUUAUCCUCCGAGAAUAUCGUAACGUUUACGAAAACCGAACCUUCAAAUUCUCAAUCCGUUUUAAAUUCGAGCUUUGAAUCGAAUUCCAGUCAAAAUGCCUUUAUUGCGGCAGUGCCGCCGAACAAUUCCAAUGCUCAGCAGAGCGAGUUGAAUGCCGCGAUAUUAUCUAUGUCCUUGACACUGCCUCAUGAGAAUGGUUUGCCCGUUGAUUAUCCGGAAGACGACAUCAGCGAAGUGGCGUUGCAGAACACAAUUCAAAACACGACGAUACUGCCAAGCGAGGAGGACAUUGCCCCGAAAAAGGUGAAACGGCGGAUAGGCAAGAAGAAAAGCGUGUCGUUUUGCGACCAGGUGGUGCUCGUUGCAACGGCGGAGGACGACGAGAAGGACUCGUACAUACCGAAUCCUAUUUUGGAGAGAGUCCUGCGUUCCGCGAUGAACAAACCUGAAACUGCUCAAGUGCUGCGAGAAAUCAGAAGUCUCCAGGAGGCGGAGAUGAAUCGCGAGAACACUGCCAUGAAAUUCCAACAGCAGACUCUUCCUUUAAAGAGCGAAGCCGAUAGCAUGCCGGCGACACCUUUCCAGGAUCAGCUGAGGAGCGUUAAUCCAAUUCCGGACACCAUUAAACCUACAUUUGGACGACAAAAUUCAAACGAUUCUAUCGGAUCACUGGCGGACAAGAAAUCUUGCGGAUCUUGUGCGAAUGAAGGGAAAGAUGUCGUCGAUCGUAGAGACACUUAUGCUGGCGUGCCUGUGAAUAUUGCAAAAUCCACCGCGUCUUAUUUACCGCAGCUGCAACAGCAAAUCAGAUACACACAGAACGGAUACACGCAAUAUGUACAAUCGAUGUAUCCGCAGACGCAAACGACUCAUCCGAGAAAUCAGAUUAUACCUUUAUCUCAAACUCAGAAGCCAGCCAGCCCUUAUCCUACACAGAUGCACGGACAGUACAUUCAAAAUGGCAUGCAAAAAGUACUGCCGCAGAAGAACGGCUACGGAACGUAUUAUCAAUUGGAGCAGCAGCAUAAUCAAAUGAACAAGCAGACGAUGAUUCAACAGAACGCGUUGAAUCAAAGGAUUCCCUCUCACAAUGCAAGCCCGAUAACUGUCCAGCAUUCGCAGCAACAGUUUUCGUAUCCGCCUAAUCAAUCGCCGAGUCCGUGUCAAAGUCAAUACUCUCAAAGUUCCUAUCAGGGUCAUCCUUAUCAAACUGUUCAUCCGCAGAACAGAAUGGGCCAACCGCUACCGCAGUAUCAACCACCGCCUAGUGUGCCCGCCUCCUACCAGCAGCAACAGCAGCAGCAGCAGCAGCAGCAACAGCAACAGCAGCAACAACAGCAGCAGCAGCAGCAGCAGCAGCAGCAACAGCAAAGUACACAGAACUAUCAGCAAAGACACGACAGCUAUCAACGACAACCACCACUUCAGAAGAUAGAUCAACAAAAUUGUGUGGUGCCAAAUCAGGCGUAUCCUAAAACUCUGCAGAACGGACAGAUACAGCCGAACGUGAAGUAUCCACCCUAUCAGCAUCCUCCGAUUUCCAAACAGAUGAACUUUGCGAUGUCCACU